AUGGACGUCUCCAAUCCCGCUGAGAUGGUGGAAAUCGCCAAAUCCAGAACUGCCGAGGCGGAAAUCAAAGCCGUCUCGGUCAGUCAGGAGGCGAUGGAGAUGAAAACCUCGGAUGGACAGUUUCCCACAGAGGACGAAUUACGGACGCUGCGCAGAGUGGCUGGAAAGGUUCCCUGGCCGGCGUUUACCAUUGCAUUUGUCGAGUUGUGCGAGCGAUUCUCCUAUUAUGGAACGACUGCUGUUUUCGUCAACUUCAUCCAACGACCUCUGCCUGAUGGCUCGUCCACUGGUGCUGGCUACGAUGAUGCAGUUCCAGGAGCCCUGGGUAUGGGCCAGCGUGCAUCGACUGGACUAACUUUGUUCAACCAAUUCUGGUCGUAUCUGAUGCCUCUUCUGGGCGCCUUUAUGGCCGACCAAUACUGGGGUCGAUUCCGCACCAUCAUGUUUUCCAUUGCAGUGGCUCUUCUCGGCCACACCAUUCUCAUUGUCUCUGCUAUUCCCAGCGUCAUCGCCCAUCCUGGAGGAUCGAUUGCUUGUUUCUCCAUCGGAUUGGUUAUUAUGGGUGUUGGAACAGGUGGAUUCAAAUCCAACAUCUCUGCCCUCAUUGCAGAGCAGUAUCCAGAAGAACGACCGUAUGUCAAAACCCUCCCUAGUGGAGAACGUAUCAUCGUCGAUCCGGCAGCUACUAUCUCGCGCAUCUAUCUCUACUUUUACAUGAUGAUCAACGUCGGUUCACUGGUUGGUCAGAUUAGCAUGGUCUAUGCGGAACGAUACGUCGGCUUCUGGCUUUCAUUCCUCCUGCCGACUAUCAUGUUUUGCUUCUGUCCGGCUGUCCUGUUCAUCUGUCGCAAUCGGUAUCAACUCGUCAAGCCGACGGGAUCUGUUUAUUCCCAGGCAUUCAGACUGUGGAAGCUGGCGAUGAAGGGAAGAUGGUCGAUUAACCCGAUGAGAUUAUUCCACAAACGAGAGACAGAAUUCUGGGGCUCAGUUAAACCAUCGGUUCUCGGAUCUUCUCGCCCUGAAUGGAUGACCUUUGAUGAUGAAUGGGUGGACGAGGUCAGUCGAGGACUGAAAGCCUGCAAAGUCUUUCUCUGGUACCCUCUUUACUGGCUUUCCUACAAUCAAAUGUUAAACAACCUUACCUCCCAAGCAGCAACAAUGCACCUGGGUGGUGUCCCCAACGACAUCAUCACCAACCUCAACCCACUCUCCCUCAUCAUCUUUAUCCCCAUCGUGGACCACCUCUUCUACCCAUUCCUCCGUCGAAGGGGAAUCAAAUUCACCCCGUUGAAACGUAUCACCGCCGGAUUUUUCAUGGCUGGAUCGUCAAUGAUUGCAGCAACCGUCACCCAGUACUAUAUCUACAAAAAGGGUGCCUGCGGCAAGGAAGCCAAUUACUGUCUCAACGAAUACGACUCGUACAGUCCCAUUUCCGUCUGGGUGCAGACUAUCCCUUACGUCUUUGGUGGGAUUUCGGAAAUUUUCGCGUCCAUCACAUCCCUAGAGUAUGCAUUCACCAAGGCGCCGAAAAAUAUGCGCUCGCUCGUGCAGGCUGUCGCAUUGUUUAUGAACGCCAUCUCGGCGGCUGUUGGACAGGCGCUGGUGGGUCUGUCUGAAGAUCCGCUGCUGGAGUGGAAUUAUGCCGUUGUCGCAAUUCUAGCCUUUGUUGGUGGGUUUGGAUUCUGGGCGACGAAUUAUAAGCUGGAUAGAGAGGAGGAUCGGUUGAAUAACCUUCCUCAGAGUCAUUAUGAAGAAGGUGGUGGUGGUGGUGAAAGCAAGAGUCAAGUAUAA